AUGAAUAGAGGUGGUCCUGCAACUGGAACUGCAAACCAGGCAAUAUUUCAGGCUGGUACUUGGGCAUAUAUAUGGUACAAAAAAGUCCAAAACAGAACAGUUUUUUGGGUGACCAACAUAGACACCCCGCUUUCAAAUUCAUCAGGAGCUCUUUUGAUGACUGGUGAACAUGGAAACAUUGUCCUUCUUGAUCCAUCUGGAAAUGUCACUUGGUCCUCCAAUCAAACCCAAGUUUUGAGACCAAAUGUCCUGCUUUUGGAUAUAGGCAAUCUUGUGAUCAAAGAAGGAACCGAAAAUAGCCAAACAUUUUUCUGGCAGAGCUUUGAUUAUCCCACACACAUUCUGCUUCCAGAUAUGAAGCUCGGAUGGAAGUUGAGCACAUGUUUAAACAGGUACUUGACCUCGUGGAAAAGCUCAGAGGACCCAUCAACAGGGGACUUUUCUAUCAAACUAGAUCACCAUGGCUUCCCGGAGAUUUUCCUUUGGGACAUGAGGGCGGGGGCUAGGCGGGCUAGGCUGGGGCUAGGCUCGCUAGGCGAUCUAGGCGGUGGCUAG